UAGCUGCAUCCUGUCUUCCUUUCAGCAUUGCGCUGUUUUUAGCCUAUGUCUUCACAGCGCCAUGAACAUUUCCGCCGCAUCUGUAAAAGCCACACCCCAUUUUCACAGUCCUGAGUCUAGCUGAAAGAAAGGCCACACCCCCCAUCUGGACUCACCUGACCGAUCAGGGAACUGGCAGCUCCGCCCACUCCGCCCUCUCGAUGAGGGACAAAGCCACCCAGACCCCCAGGGCCUGGGUAGAUGAGCGCAGGAGGGGCUCCCACAAGCGAUCGGCAUCCUGCGGCAGCACCGAUCAGCUAAAGGAGAUAGCAAAAUUGCGGCAGCAGCUGCAGCGCAGCAAACGCAGCAGUCGCCAUCGACGCGAUAAGGAGCGCAAAUCUCCCUUCAAUGGCAACCAUGCUAUUAUCCAAUCACAGUCUCAGAUGCCUAAAACUAUCCUGAUCCCCAUCCCCAUCUCCAAGUCCACUCCUCCUCGCUUCCGCAACAGCAUUGAGGGCCUCAACCAGGAGAUCGAGCGCAUCAUCAUACGAGACACGCCAGAGCGCGAUGAGGUCAUCAUUCCGCAGGAUGUUCCUGACGGACACCGUGCGCCCCCGCCCCUCCCUCAACGCAGCAGCAGCACACGCAGCAUCGACACACAGACACCCUCAGGAAGAAGCCUGGGUGGUAACCGUAGCAACAGCAGCAGCCGGGCGGACUCGGUGUCCCCGUCGUACCUCAGCAUCCUGAACGAUGCGAUGGGAAACAGUCCCCUAAAUAACGAUGACACACUCAACGAGAGCAGGGAAAGAGAUCUGGGGCUGUACUCACCCCUGCCCAAGUACGCGUCCUCUCCCAAACCCAACAACAGCUACAUGUUCAAGCGGGAGCCUCCUGAGGGCUGUGAAAGAGUCAAGGUCUUCGAGGAGAACCAGCCCAGGCCUCUGCAGGAGAUCCCUCCGUACCUGUGUCCAGACCGGAACAAGGUGAACUUCAUCCCCAAGAGUGGCUCGGCGUUUUGCCUUGUCAGCAUCCUGAAGCCUCUGCUGCCCACACAGGAGCUGAGCUUCCGCGGCGGUAUGACUUACCGCAGUCUCUCUCCCUCACUCGUCCCUCUGAGCGGGGUCGGGGUGCGCAGCCUGUCCCCUUCCCUCGGCCCCGUCCUGACACGAGGACGCCAGUCCCCUUGCCUCCCACGCCAUCUGGAGGAACCUGAGGGUUAGAUUUCCUCCAGGAUCUCCACCAGUUGAGGAAUUUCAUAGCCUGCAUCAUUUCCAAACAGACUCGUUUCCUCAUUCGAUCCAAAAUCUCAAAGCUGUGACCGCAUCAGGGCUCGAUUUGUUGCACCGAUCCAAAUCGCUAGCUGAAGCUUGAAUGUGAGAUCGUUA